AUGUUCGCAAGAGCUCAUGCCAGGGCCCCUUCUCUUGCCUACUCCUUGCAAGCAGCAAACCGGGCGAAUGCAAUCACAGUGCAGACAGCAGCUGCCGUAUCGCUUAAACCCCCGUUACACGUGCACCUCAGCCCUGCGAUAGUGCUCUCCUGCGGAGGUUUGACUGGAGAAGUGCACCUUGGUCAAAGAGGUCUGGCCUGUGCCGAGAUGACCUCUGGUGUCGCGCAGCUGCCUGUGCGUGUGCGUCCUGCUCGGGCGCGACGGCGCGUAGGCUGGCGCCUUUGCCUCCUCGCGGCCGGGCCGCGCGCCCUGGCGGCUGUCACGGUGAAGUCAGGCGGCAGCGUUGUGCGGGUGAAGCCCACCCUUGGUCCAGAGGACUCCCCACAGGUGCUCGCCAGCAGCGGGGACCUGGUGGUGGCCUGGAAGCCGCCGAAGCUGUCCAUGCGGCGGCGCAUGGGCGGUGAGCCGAGUGAUCUCGAGGCCUGGGCCGCCGCUGCGGCUGGAGCGGCCACGGCCGUGACCACGUUGGGACGAGGCAUUGGCGGCUUGGUUCUGCUGUCGCGGAGGCGGGAGUCAGCUAAAGAGACUGCUGCGGCCAUCCGGGAUGGGCGAGCGAAGGCCACGCUUCACGCUGUGGUCCAAGGGGAGCCUGAGGAAGCUGCUGUCUGCGGCGAAGGCCCAGGGCAUCGUCUGGAGGUGGUUGAAGCCUGCGAGGGGCUCAAGCUCGGGCGCCUGAGCUUGCUGAAGGCCACUGUACAGUACGAGGAGGGCAUUGAGAAGCAGGCUGGAGUUCAGCAGUGCUGGGGCAUCCGAAGCAUCAACUAG